CUCCACCCCCCUCUCUGCGGACUCUGUCCCUCAUGGGACUACGGUACUGCAGCCCCGACGAUGUCUCUGAAACCAGAGAUGUCAUCCUUCUCCUUCCUGCAAUCGAACGCCUCACCCUCAGUUGCUGCACCAGAGAGAAUCUGGAUAGGAACCACGCGUUCACAUCACUCAUCAUGAUCGCCAACACCGAUACCAUGCACUUCAUCCUCCCUAAUCUGGAGCACCUGACCAUUCUGCUCGAGCACGGCAACUUCAACACCGGCUUUGGAGUCACUUUGACCAGCCUCGCUCUAUCGCAAUGGGCCAAUGGAGGAGAACAACCCGUGGAGCGGCUGUCGUUGCGUUCACUAGACUGCGAGAGCAGCAGCAUAUGUGAUUGUCGUAUUGGAGCGAAGUGGAUGAAGACGUUGGACAAGGAGGGCAUACUUGUGGAUCAAUUGACGCGCAAUCACUUGUUACGCUCGCUGGGUACAGCUCGCUGGAGGUAG